AAAUAACGCACAUGUCCUUUCCCCAAUAACAUCGCUCCAUUUCUCUUUCUUCCAUUGCGAACACAGCUUCGAACAUUUCUGGGAGGAGCCGCCUUCUCUCAGCCUCACCACCACCACCACCACAACCAUCCACCUCUCUUCUCUCUGAUAUAUAAGAGAUGGCUCUCUCCUCCGACCGGCAAUCUCUCAUCCCCAACUUCCUUUACUCAACCUCUUUCACCUCCAAAACCCUACCUCUCCAUAAUAUGGCCGGACAUUCCAAUCCUCGCGUUACUCCUUCACCUUCGCCUUCCGCUCCCAAGAGCAACUUCCUCAUUCCGGCUCCCGGCGAGCCUGGCAAGAUCGAGAUGUUCUCUCCUCAGUACUACGCCGCCUGUACGGUUGGUGGAAUACUCAGCUGUGGUCUUACUCACAUGGCUGUCACUCCUCUCGAUCUCGUCAAAUGUAAUAUGCAGAUUGAUCCUGCAAAAUACAAGAGCAUCUCAUCAGGUUUUGGAGUGCUACUCAAGGAGCAAGGUGUUAAAGGUUUCUUCAGGGGCUGGGUACCUACUCUGCUUGGUUACAGCGCCCAGGGUGCCUGCAAAUUUGGAUUUUAUGAGUUUUUUAAGAAGUAUUAUUCUGAUCUUGCUGGACCCGAGAAUGCAUCUAAGUACAAGACCCUGAUCUAUCUUGCUGGUUCUGCAUCUGCUGAGGUGAUUGCUGAUAUUGCUCUUUGCCCCUUUGAAGCUGUGAAGGUGCGUGUUCAGACCCAGCCUGGUUUUGCUAGAGGCUUGGCUGAUGGACUUCCUAAAUUUGUGAGAUCUGAAGGUGCACUUGGAUUGUACAAGGGCCUGGUUCCUCUUUGGGGACGUCAAAUUCCAUAUACAAUGAUGAAGUUUGCAUCCUUUGAGACUAUUGUGGAACUCAUUUACAAGCAUGCAAUUCCCACACCUAAAAAUGAGUGCAGCAAGAACCUCCAGCUUGGAGUCAGUUUUGCUGGUGGAUAUGUAGCUGGUGUUUUCUGUGCUGUUGUAUCUCACCCGGCUGACAACCUUGUCUCGUUCCUCAACAACGCGAAGGGUGCUACUGUUGGUGAUGCUGUUAAGAAGCUUGGACUAUGGGGUCUCUUUACUCGGGGACUUCCUCUUCGUAUCGUCAUGAUUGGAACUCUCACAGGAGCGCAGUGGGGUAUCUAUGACGCUUUCAAAGUUUUUGUUGGCCUGCCAACAACUGGUGGCGUCACUCCUGCACCGACGGCUGAAGUUGCAAAAGCGUAGAGUCAAUUCUAAUGGAAUACAAACUUUUUUAGUUGGUACCUUCUACAAAGGGGGGCAAUAAAUGUUGACGAAGAUGUUUUGCUAGCACCCUAGCAGAUGGAGGGGAUUCCUUUCCUUUUUAGAACUGUGUCAAUUGUCAUGCUCAAUUAAUUUGGUUGUGGAUGUCUGAGUUACCCACAUAUUCUGAACCAUUGCGGAUUUUUUGUUAGAAUAGACAGUGUGUUAGGAUCGGUGACAGGUACCUUACCCCACCAAACAAUUAAAAUAACGGGCAGAUAUGGAGGAUAAAACUUAGCAUCGCCCAGCUACCUUUUCCUGAGAUAUAUAGCUGGUGUAAGAAGAUCAAUUUUUUCUUGACAUUAAGAAUACAAGUUUUGCUUGUUUCUGUCGGCA